CUUUUUCUUCUACUUUUUUUUUUACCUGUAGUUCUUUUUCUUUCCGUCGUAUCGCCUUGAAAACAGACAGGGCCUGCCUCAACUUCCAUCCAGUGUUGACCGUGCAAUGUACAAGUACAGCAACUGCAUGGUGUUGAGGUUGCCACUGGAGAUCCUCUGCCAAAUAUGCUCCCUUAUACCCAUGACGGAUGUCACUCAGCUUUGUCGAGCGUCGCCUAAACUUGCUCAACUUAUCUACAACAUGCCUCACCUUUGGCGAGAGAUCACCGUAGCCAUGCAACCUCUCACUAACACUAGUCAGGCGCUUGCCUACAGUCAAAAACAGACCAGUAAGGUCCUCAAUGAUAUACCCGAUCGACUUGCUCAACGCCUGCUUUCAACUUUACUGUCUCGAGAAGCUCGUAAUGGAAUCAGAACCGUCACCAUCAUUGAUCAUGCAAAGUUCUUCUUUCAGCAAGACGACUCACGAUUACACGAAAUGAUGCAGCUUGUGUUCAGACAAUGCCCCAACCUUGUGCAUUUUACACUACAGACAUCGUCCGAUAUCGACUAUUAUUCCUUGAUCGACUCCUUGAAUGAAAUUCCACCGUGUUCAGCACCUAAACAGUUUCAGCUACCGCGGUUGUCUAAAUUUGAACUAAUUGAAACUCAUCGCCCGAGGCCUUUGUUGAACACCAUCGUUUUGGCCGAGAUACAACACGCCCUCUCCAACCUGACUCCUCAUCCAGCGUUCUCCCAAAAAUCAUGCAAAGAAUGUAGAGAAUACAUUGGUUACCAACAGCCCAUGUGUGCACAAUGCCUGACCUCACAACCUGAAGCCAUACGGUGCCCUUUUUGUCACUGGCAGUGCGAUGACUGUGGCGCUCAUUUCUGCGACGGUUGCCAGAAGAAGGAAUUAGUUGAGGUGCUUCUUGCAGACUAUCACGGGGACACUUUACGUUACAAUCACUCUGAACAUACUUCUUGUCCACCGUCCAACCCUUGCCCAAAUGGCAGUGGGUCGUCCAACACUACUCUGCUAUGCUCUCGUUGCGUCCAAGCCCACAAGUGCAACAAAUGUGAGAUGUUAUUUGCAUCUGAAAAUCUCCGGCACUGUGACAUUUGUCAACAACAGUCCUUCUGCAGCUCUAUCAGUGAUGAAUCGUUGACCAUCCCUGAACCAACGCGGGCAGUACCGCUUAUUACGUCUGUACAUACUAUUUAUCGAGAUACCCCCAGCAAGCCGACUCUGCCGAGUCAUAACCUUCAUCAGCUCACCACAGCGAGGCGUCAUUCAGCCUCUCAAGAUAAUCAUUCUUCAGAAAGUAGCGACGAAGAAGACGAAGACGACGAAGACGAUAUGGGAUGCUGCCGAUUCACUGAGAAAUUCAUUCGAUGCAAACAAUGCAAAAUGACAGGAUUCUGCACGCAGUGUCUCCCGCAGGCACGGGAAGGCAUACGAAAUUGGGUCACUGUUUGUCCCACUUGCGAUGAAUUUAUUUGCCCACUCUGUGUUGCUGAAGGUAGAUUGCCUCUUUUCUUUGCUCCAGGGUAUGGCACCUCAGCUCAUACCACUUGAUGGAAACCCUCAUUCAGCUAUUUUUCUUUUCCUCUCACGUUCAAAAAAAAAAAUCUCUCCCCCCAAUGUGGUUCUCCACCUUGAUGAAAAUGGGAACCUACCCACGACCUUUUUUUUUUAUUGUAAAACUCUACCUAACUUGUGUUACUUGUAAAAAUUGGGAUGGAGUACACUCCUUCGCUUUUGCUUUUGGUUUUCGAUCGCAAUUACCUAAAAAUAAAAUAAAAUGCUUUUAAAAAAAAAAA